UAGACGACCUACUAAUAACCUUAGCAGUGCAUGCCUAAAGGGCUAUUACGAAACGGGGAGUGGCGCCAGGGCUACAACAUAUGUUAAAGUACUUUGCAAGCAAUAUAAGCUUGGGAGUCUGUGCAACAUUCGGGUCCUCUGUAGCACUGGAUGCAUGGAUGAUGAUGGCACGGAGUUCUUUGCCCUCCUCGCUGGAGUCCUCGUUGCCGGGGAUCAGUCGGUCCGUUCUCACUGGACACAUGGAGAAAAAGUACCAGUGCCAGCAUUGUAACAACAUCCUAAGAAAGCCAGUUCAAGCACAAUGCGGCCAUCGUUACUGUGUAUUUUGCUUCAAUCAGCUCACCAGCUCCGGCCCUAAACCCUGUGAAGCAUGUCGUGUGGAGGGUAUAUUUGAAGAGUCUCAGUCCAUGCUGAAUGGAAAAGAAGCGUUUCCAGACAAUGCGGCGCGCCGAGAGAUUGAGGGUCUUCCAGCAAAGUGCCCAAAUGAAGACUGCACAUGGGCUGGGACCAUGAAAGAGUUUGAGGGCCAGCAUGAAGGCAAGUGUGACUAUGAGCGGAUCACUUGUGAAGCAUGCCAGCAAUGCAUCCUACGCAGCGAGAAAGACCGACACAACGAGAGAGAGUGUGAGGCCAGAACCCUCAACUGCAAAUACUGCAAAGUUUCCUUCAACUUUAAAGACAUAAAGGCUCAUGAUGAGAUCUGUAUAAAGUUCCCCAUGCAGUGCAAAGACUGCGGAAAGAAAAAAAUCCCACGAGAAAAGUUUCCAGAACAUAUUAAAACGUGUGCCAAGAGCAAGACAGCAUGCCAGUUCAACAAAGUUGGCUGCCAAGCAGUGAUUGACAAUGGGAAGCAGCAUGACCACGAGCAGUCCUUCAUAAUGGAUCACUUGCGGCUAGUCCUGACCACUCUGACUGCCCUGACGUCGUUGAACAGUGUGCAGAGUGAUGGCGUCGGUGAGUACCAGGAGGACUGCGGUGGGCUGGGCCUGUACCGCGCGCCUGAGGAAGGGGCCGUCGGAGGCGCAGCAGCCGCCAUCGCCGGCGGAAAGGCCUCUUGCAGCAACGGGCUCAGUGGACGAGAAGAACGGAGGAGUAGCAACGGCCUGGGUCUUUACCAGGGUGCAGACGAAGGGACGUCGGUGGCCAGUGGAGGGUUGGGGAGAGGAGGGAAGAGCACAGUGGGGCUUGAGCUGAAGGUGACCGCACUGGAGAAUAUUGUGUGCGUGCUGAACCGAGAGCUGGAGAGAACGUCGCUGACGCAAGAGGCCCAUGCACGCCAGCAUCGACUCGACCAAGAAAAGAUUGACUCCCUUCACAACAAGGUUCGUCAGCUGGAACGUCAGCUGACCAUGAGGGACCUGAAGUUGUCAGAAACGGAACAGACUCUUCGCGAACUGCAGUACUGCACGUUUGACGGUGUGUUCGUCUGGAAGAUUGCAGACUUCAGCCAUCGCAGACAAGAUGCUCUUGCAGGACGAUCUCCAGCACUGUUUUCUCCAGCAUUCUACUCCAGUAAGUACGGCUAUAAGAUGUGCCUAAGGCUCUACCUGAAUGGAGACGGCACAGGUAGAGGAACACACCUGUCUCUGUUCUUCGUGGUGAUGCGUGGCAAGUACGAUGCCCUCCUCAAGUGGCCGUUCAGUCAGAAGGUGACCCUCAUGCUCCUGGACCAGAACAACAGGGAGCACAUCAUUGACGCCUUCCGACCAGACACCAGCUCCACGUCCUUCCAGCGGCCCAUCAGUGAGAUGAACAUUGCCAGCGGCUGUCCCCUCUUCUGCCCACUGGCCAAGCUGGCCUCGGCCAAGAACUCGUAUGUGAAAGAUGACACCAUCUUCAUCAAAGCCAUAGUAGACCUAACAGGUCUUUAGAGACACAAUUGCAUCAUAUAUUAUGGCAUUUAAUAUGUAAUAUAUCUAUAUAAUAUUAUUAUUAUUAUUAUUAUUAUUAUUAUACAUAUGAGUCUUAUUUAUAUGGAUUUGUGUAUACAUAUGUGUAUAUGUUUAUACAUACAUCUUAUGUAAGAUCAUUAAAUAGUGUUGAAUGCAGCGAAGCUGCUGCCAAUCAAAACUAGAAUGGGUGAAAAAAAAUAUUGCUAUACAAAGCCAUGAUGUAAUCAUUUCUGUGCAGACCAAAUGAUCACCACCAAGAUUCUUAGCUAAGUGAAUUAGCUUUCACCCCCAUUAUAUCUGCUAUGGAAGCGACAAAAAUGAAUACUGAUUUUGAAUCCUAUAACAAAGCAUACAAAACAACAGGAUAUGCUGUCUGCUGCCCUGUAUCAAUCUGCACAGAUUGGUGCAUCCACAUAAUUAUUAUUAUUAUUAUUAUUAUUAUACUAUAUUAUUACAGUAUAUGGUAGCUCAGUACUUACUUGCUGCCUAUAUAAUCAAAUAUACAUUAUAAUAUUAUAUCAAAUGGAAUAAAAAUGUUUGAUUUAUUGAACUAUAUUGAUGAACCAGUGAUGCUUGGGCUGUUUCAUAAGAGUAGCCAGUGGUUCCCAUGAGUGGUCACAAGCUUUUAUAGCAUAGCAACCACCAUGUGACCAUUUGAUACUACUCACUGAAUCAAUCCAUAAUGGGAAUUUUAUUAAUCAUACUGGGGCUGUACUUUCUGAGGGCUUAUGUCACUGUUUACUGUGUGACUGUGUGAACAGCAUUUUGAGUUUUUUUGAAGCUGUUUUAAACUUCAUUUAAAACAGCUUCAUUUUAUGUACUUUGUUUGUUAUGCAUUUUAUUCUUUUAUCUAUUCCUCUUUCUAUCGUUAAUAACAUAAUCAUGUGAUUGCUACACAAUGAUACCGUAUUUGGUUUAUGAUGUACCCAUGCAAAGCACAGUAUCAAGGGGCAAAUAAGAGAAUUAUUUGUUGCAUAAUAACACAUAAUUUUUGCUUCACUUGAUUUUUAUCACAGUAAUUGCUAGAAGGUAAUAUACAUUUCUGAUAUAUCAUGCAUUUGUACUUAUACAAUGUAAUUAAACUAGGCUAAUCUACGGUGUAUUGUACUGCAUGUCUUUAGUAAUAAUAUACUAUGUAUUAUUGAUGUCUGUCUGACAUUACAAUUUUUUUUUAAGUAUAUUUUUUUGCCCUUUUAUGCCUUUAAUAGACAGGAUAGUAGAGAAUGACAGGAAGUAAGUGGGAGAGAGAGUCGGGGUGGGAUCCGGAAAAGACCACGGGGCGGGAAUCGAACCCGGGUCGCCGGCGUACGGUGCCCCAGCCAGUUGCGCCACGGCUGGGGCCAACAUUACAAUUUAAUAAAAGUCGGAUAUUUUUGUAUUGUAGCCCUAGUUCUGGGUUAUACUCACCAUAGAGGGUAGCAGUGCAUGGGAUGGCACAGUGAUAGGCACAGAAAACUACAGUAUGUGAAAAACCUGAAAACACGUAUGUAUGAGUGAGUUUGCAUGAUUUUAUGAUGUAUUCUAGAUGUGACACAUUUUCACAGCCUUUGAGAAUGUUCACUAUGCUAUUGUAUUGCAUCUAAAACUUAGUUGUUGGGGAUGUUUAUUUCCAUCUGCAUGUACCUGAGCUUGCAGUCGUGCAUGUGGUGUGGAAUAUGCCACCUCUCUAUAGAGCUCAACAGGAGAAAUUGUAUUGAAGUCUUACUUCCGGAAUUAGCGGUGGGUGGGACUGUUGAACUCUAUAUGCUGUGACCUUGGCGAGGUGGAGAGGCUUGAGUGCCUUGUGGACUCUGAGGGCUACACCGGGUAGGCGUCCCCUAGCAGGUUUAACCAUACCGGCCAGGCCUUGGGUCAGGGGCAGGACUAACCACAGCAUGUCGGUUAUAAAACACUGGAUAUUAUAUGUGCACUCCUCACGACUCCAGUAAAAAAGGCUACUUGGAGAAAUGGAGAUAUCAACAGAAUCAAUAUCAAUAAUAUCAAAUAUGCAAUGCAUGGGAACACCAGAUACAGGAGACAGGAAGGAGCAAUGAUGGCAGAAUUUAUCCAACCUUGCGUCCUAGCAGGUUUAACCAUACCGGGCAGGCCUCGGGUGAGGGGCGGGACUAACCAUAGCAUGUCAGUUAUAAAACACUGGAUAUUAUAUGUGCAAUAUCAAUAAUCGACAAUCUCAAAUAUGCAAUGCAUGAGAACACCAGAUACAGGAGACAGGAAGGAGAGAAGACGGCAGAAUCUAACGGCACACUCCCACCAUGAAUGAACCCAGACCAGCUCAGAAUUUGUGAACAUCUAAAGAUGAGAAGUGUAUAACAUCAUACAUGAUUUACACCUGCAUGUAUCAAUGAAGAUUUGAAAUAAACAACUCACAACUCUA